GAGCAGGCUGGCUCGUCCCUCCUGCAUAUCGUAAUAGUACAGUCCAAUCCGAGACGUCCCCCAUAGUGGGGACGGUACCAAUGGUGUGAAAGAGGGGGAAGUGUUGCCUCCUGUCUCCUUACUUAGGGUCUCACCAAGGGCUCAGUCCGCAGAGCAUUUCUCAGCAGCAAAGAGAGAGACUGUCUGGGGUGUCGAGGUACGGAAGGAAGGAGGGCAGCGGGCGAUUUUCCUUCCCCUUGUGACAUUGGCAAGGAGUUGGGGCUGCUUUCCUCCUUAAUAGGGCAGGAUGGCAGCUCGGCGUGCAAUAAAGGCGGUCUUGGUGGAUCUCAGUGGUACGCUUCAUAUAGAAGACUCAGCUGUGCCAGGAGCCCAGGAAGCUCUUAAAAAGUUGCGCUCUGCUCCUGUGGCCGUCCGGUUUGUGACGAACACGACCAAGGAGUGCAAGCAAGACCUGCUGGAGAGGCUGAAGCAACUUGAUUUUGACAUUAAGGAAGACGAGAUCUUCACAUCUCUGACGGCAGCCCGAAAUUUGUUGGAGCAGAAAAAGGUCCGGCCUUUGUUGAUGGUGGAGAAAAAUGCUUUGCGUGAUUUUACAGGUGCUUUGACAAUCUAUUUGCAACUUGCACAUUUAUUUGCAUUUCCAUUCCAUUUGCAGGACUGCAGGGAUGACGUUGGAGGUGCCCAGAACGCUGGCAUGUUGGGAAUACUGGUAAAGACUGGGAAAUACCGAGAUGCCGACGAAGACAAAAUUCACCCACCCCCCUACUUAAUCUGCGAGAGCUUUCCCCAUGCCGUGGAGCACAUCCUCCAGCAUCUGCUGUGAAGAAGCACCGCAACUUUUGAAACCUCACCUUCCGGUGCCGCAAAACGAAAUGGCCCAACGGCGGCAUCCCUUGCAAGAGCGUUGGGGCUUCCUUGGUGCAUUGCUGCUGGACUCCAACCCUUUUGGGGACUGAAUGUUCCGAAACAUUCAGUUUGAUGAUGGAAUGAAGGCUCUCGCUGUGAAAAUGGCUUCCCACCUCCCCAAAAAUGUUACCCUGUCCAACAGGAGCCUGUGCCCAACCUUGCUUGGUUCCUUGAAGGCAGAGAGGGGAAUUUGUGAGGUUGAAUAAGGAAGGAAAUAUGUGACUCACCCUUAUAGAUUGCUCAGAAUCACCUCAAAAUGUGAGGUGGGUGGCAAAUAAAUUUGAUAAUAAUAUUAUAUUGCCAGUGGAAUUGUUCUGUUACUGCCUGACUGUCCACCUUCGUGGAAAGGAAAAAAAGUGUGUCUGAUGCCCAGACCUUGCUAAUAUAGCUACUAUACUGUGGGCUCACCUACCUUUCCCACUGAUGCACUAACUUGGCAGUUUCUCAUUAUUUGAAAAUCUUGUAUAGCAGAAAAUGGGCACAAUUUUAAGGUUCUUAGGCAAAGAGAGUUGGCAUCUUUCCAUGUGGGCUGCUUUAAUGAAGACGUCCCUCCAAGCCAGUGAGUUUCAUGUAUGUUUGGAAAUAAAAGUUUUUCCUGGCUUCUAAUGAGUAGGUGAGAACUUGUUUUAAAAGGAAUUAUUUCAGAAACUAAAAGGAGUAGAAGUUGACGUGAUGUCGUUUUGUCAGGUCUCUGAGUGUGUUUUUCUUUUUCUUUUUUUGCUGGAAAACAUUUAACUUCCAGUUCUUUGCAAAAAAAAA